AAGACGUGGUUUUUCCUGUCCACGCUGAGAACAGUUUUCAUGAUCCGGCCGAAUACUCUAAUCACCUGGCUGGUGAAUCGGGGACGCGGCAAGAUAUCACUUUUAAAGAUUCUUGGAACUUUCCCUAGUGGGUUCAAGCACAUGGGCGUUCCCAAGGCGGACCCUGGGAUAUUUAACGUUUUCGUAGUGAUUUUCUAGCGGUGGUAAUUGUGGUUGGUUGAGCAUAUUGUAUGUUCUACGCUAUCCUCGACCACUAGUUCCUAGAGUUCAUGCUAACCAAGAAUAAUGUCAAGCGAUUGAGAAGUUGUUUGGCAGAAUAAACAACUAUCCGAUUAGCCCAUCUGAGGGACUCAUCGCGAUCGAGGUCACUAAUAUUUUUGGCUCAUUCUUCGGCAGAUACCCACCCGCUUUAUCAUUCCCUCGUACGGCAGUCAAGUCAAAAGCCGGCGUGGGCACAGCCUUUGCUGGGGUAAUCACUGGUAUCGUCGGGCUGCUGGUAUUUACCUCUUGACCUCGGUGUUCUUCUACAUCUCUAACUCCAGUCUCUCCGCUGUCAUCAUCCCUGCCCUCGGCGAUCUAACCACCCUUCUCAACAUAGUGUACAAAUUCUAGUUCACCUCCCGGCUGAAAGUGAUCACCUUCUCCGCGGCUGUCAUCGUGGCUGUAUUUACGUCUAUUGAGAAUGGUAUCUACGUUACUAUUCCGCUCUCCGCUGGAAUUAUGUUGUUCAGAAUUGCGACGGCCAGGCGGCAUCUGCUGGAUAAAGUUGAGGUGUACUCAGCCACGGGUGAUAGUUUGUAUGGUAUCGACGACAGUAGUGGCUGAGGGAGCGAAGUCGUGCUGUGCAAUGCGCCAGUAGAACUGGUGAAGGGCAGCGCAGCGAACAAGACUCUGGGGCGCAGUCUUGAGAACAACGUUGCGAGAAACGUUUACUUACCACUGGAUCUAGGAGACGGCUCGCACCCAAGCUUAAAGGUCGUAAGCUCAUAUUCAAGAAUCUUCAUUUACCAUUUCUCGGAAGGUAAUUCUCUCGCUUCACCCUUCUGUUCCUCAUAAUCUCCAACCAAUAAUACCCAGGCUUUCUCUAUACCAAGGCCUCCCAUUACACUGAAAACUUCGUGCAGCACAUCUUCUCCGCCACCUGACCUCACGCACCAACAACAAUCAUCGACGGGGGAGAUCGAGCCAAGAAUGACCCCCUCCCAAGGCCUGUGCGAUAGCCGCCGCCGAUGCACUGCCCUGCUCCGUGCGUUAAUCCUAGACUUCCCCUCUGCGAAUAUCGUCGACACUACCUCCGUUCAGAAUCUCAUCGACGGGCACGCACAACUAGAUUGGCACCCGACACGGUGGAAUCGCACUUCACCUCCAUCGGGCCUCGCUGGACGAAGCGUGCCUUGACUACGUCUAGAUUCAGACUCCCCAGUGACGCAGAAGGG